AUGGGGCGGCCGCUGGACCCUAGUAAUAUCUGCUUCAUCGUCUUCCUCAUCCGCUCGAUAGCAGCUGGUCUCGGGGUUCAGCAGCUGCCCCCCAUGGCGAGCAUCCCAGCCGGGGGCAGCGUCACCCUGAGCUGCACCUUCCACAGCCGCAACCGGACCGGGACACAAGUCACCUGGGCCAGGGGCUCCCGGGAGGCCGUCGUGCUGGACCCCGCCCACCCCUUCUACCAGGGGCGGCUGGCCCAGAGCCAGCGGGACCAGCAGGGCCGGGCAGAGGCCACGGUGACCCUGUCGGAGCUGAUGGAGAGGGACUCAGAUCUCUACCACUGCUACAUCACGUACCCGCAGGGCGAGCAGGCGAAGGGCACCGGGACCACCCUGACUGGGAUAGGCAGAGCUGUUGCAGAAAUUCCAGCUGGUUGCAAGAGGGCGUCAAACCCAAAUGUGGGAGCAUUCGGCCAGAAACAGGAUGGUCUAAGAGUUUCUCAGGAGCCCAAGUCCCUCAACGCAACAGUCGGGGAGAACGUGACCCUGAGCUGCACCUUCCAGAAUAGAAAUGGCAGCAGAGCCAAGGUGCUUUGGUUCAGGGGCUCUGGAGAAGACGUGGUGCUGGAUGCUAAGCACCCCUUCUACCAGGGGCGGCUCCAUGUGUCCAGGCUGGAUGAGAUCAGUAAGGGGAACGCGACACUGACCCUGGGUAAACUGGACAAGAGAGACUCUGGCCUCUAUCAGUGCUGCAUCGAAAUCCAGAAUGAGAUGACAGGGAUGGGAGAAGGCACAGAUCUAAGAGUGUUGAGGAGAAACCAGAGUGUGACUGACGAUAGAAAGGAAUCGAAGCAGGACACCAGCACAGAACUCACCAUCUACAGAGCCACGACUGCUCUGGCAGGUGUCAGCAUCAUCAUCUUAGUUACCGCCCUCCUGCUGCGCAGACGCACAGCAGCCUCCCCAGACACCCAACAGCAGCAGCCGGCAAAGGGGCACAGCAGAGCUGGUGGUAACGCGAGCAAGGAUCUGCACUAUGCCGAGAUCACUUUCAAGGCUCCAGCUCACACAGAAUAUGCCUCUAUCCAGACUCAGCGACUCUGA